AUGGCCUCUCAAAGCUACAGCUCGACCGCACGGGCCAGCCUAAAUGUCAAAUCUCCCAGCCCACCAACCGACCUUUCCCCCAACUUUGCCGACCCAAACUUCGACCCAGCCGAUUUCCUCAAUGAUUCACUUUCAUCGCUGACAGUGGCGUCCCUACAACCGAAUGCCUCCCGAUCACCUGGCUCUGUGCCUCUAACCGAACUGUCAGCCCAAGUACAAACCCUCCUUUCGCAGAUCAGCGCCCAAAAUGUUCGCCUGUCCAGCACGCUCUCUCAGUUAAGCGAUGAGAUUCUUCGCAGUGGCGGGCGUCUAGCUUACGAAGUGGAGGUGUUGCGAGGAGAAACCAUUGGGUUGUCUGAGACCCUAGCAGAGGUUCUUCGCGACGAUAUCACCAACUUUGUCCCAGAUACUUCGAAUACAAUCACCGUAUCGGCCGUUCCUAAGGAUGAGGCGACAGAAGAACCGGCAGAGGGUGCUACAGCUACAAAGGGCGACCAGGAAGAUAAGGAUGAGGAUGAGGACACAGACGAGGCAGUGGAGAAGGAUGCGACCAUAGCGGACCCAGAGUAUAUCACCAAUCUGCGCACGCUGAACCAAGUUCGCUCGCGAUUGGAGAACGUUGUACAGACAUUUGGCGAUGCAAUGGAGUGGCCUCUGCCACCAUCAGAGAUCUCCUUCUCAUCCUCCUUUAUUUCCGUCUCCGGUCCGGAUAUCACUGUCGAGGGCUCUGAUCAGGAAGCGAAGGGUCAAGAGAUCAUGAAGAAACUACGAACAGAGACACUGGAGCUGCUGGACAGCGAAGGUGGUGGACGCGCUGGGUUGGAUGCUGCGACUCGUCGCGUGGAGACUCUAAGAACAUUGGCGACGGUAUGGAAAGGAUCAGCGGAAGAAAAGGCCCGGCAGCGAUUUGUGGACAAUCUUGCCCGAAUUGUAGAUGAAAGACGGCGCAAUUUGGAACAUCAGCAGGCGAUGGCUGAGCAAAGUCAGCGCGGUCCCAAGUCGCGACCAGAACCAAGGCGAGACGGUGAUAGUGGAGCCCCCGCGGGAGGCUUAUUCCGCAACCUGCAGCGACUCAAGGAGGAGAUCUACUUGGAGUAG